AUGGGCUCCCUCGACCCCAUCCCCUACUGGCAUUACAACGUCCCCGAGGCCGACCGGACGCCGGAGUGCCCUCCGUUCCUCCUCAACCUCAGCGACAAGGACCGCCGCAUCGUCGGCUCCCCGGACUCGUCCUUCACCCGCCUCACCUGGGCCCAGGUCCGCGCCCUCAUCGCCGCCAACGAGCUCGAGCGCUUCCAGCGCGUCCCCUCCCAGCUGCGCCGCUACAAGGCCUACACCCACCGCCAGGCCGCCGCCUACGGCUCCGUCGCCGCCUUCAUCCUCGGCGAGCGCCUCCGCUGGCAGGAGCCCAUCGUCGCCCGCGGCCUGCCCUUCCAGCACCCCGACGACGACGUCCGCAUCAUCUUCAACGACUGGCCCUACGGGCUCGACAAGCGCAUCGUCCACCUCGUCGUCUGGACAAAGUUUGAGCUCGAGUCGGAUCCCACCACCGGGGACCUCACCGACAAGGCCCGCGCCGCCAUCGACAACUACGUGUCCAAGACGUUCCGCUCGCGCGUCGCCGCUGACAAUGUCUCGUGGUUCAAGAACUGGUCCGCCCUCAAGUCGAUUCACGCCGUCGAGCACUUCCACGUCAUGCUCUUCGACCCCGACCCUACCUUCAUCCACGAGGUCACAAACGGCGACGUGCCCCAGUGCGAGAUUUCUGAUGUGUAA